AUGUCCUGGAAAGAGAGACUAGAUAAUCCAACACUUUCAGUGUGGCCACAUGAUUACUUGAGGCCACACGCCGAGCCAUUCGUCGAACAAGGAACGUACUCCAUCAGUAUUCCACAACUAAGUGGUGACUAUGCCACACUUCUGGCUGCCUGGACUGCUCUACUUUAUAGAGUCACCGGCGAUGACGAUAUAGUGCUAUAUGUGCGCGACAACAAAGUUCUGAGAUUUACCAUUACUCCAGAAUUAACUUUCACUCAAUUGCAAAACAAAAUCAAUGAACAGCUUGCUGAGCUUGCUAAUGUGGAAGGUACCAACUUCGACGCUUUGAGCGAGUCAUUACAGAAAGAAUCGGGACUCGAAAGACCACCACAACUAUUCAGAAUAGCGUGCGUCACAGAGGAUUUACAACUUGACCGUUACACUCACAGCCCGCUUGAUAUCGGCUUGCAAUUGCACGAGUCUAGCUCUGAUGUAUCUAUAGUUUUCAACAAACUGCUCUUCUCACAAGACCGUAUCACUAUCUUAGCUGAUCAACUGACUUUGUUCCUGACAAGUGUUCUCCAAAAUGCUAAACAAGUAUUCACCAAAGUUUCCUUGAUCACGGACUCCUCUACAAGCAUUCUACCUGACCCUAAAGCUAAUUUGGACUGGUGCGGCUUUGUUGGCUGUAUCCAUGACAUAUUCCAGGAUAAUGCUGAAAAGUUCCCAGAGAGGACUUGUGUCGUGGAAACUCCCCCAAUCAACAGUACCAAGACUCGUACUUUCACCUACAAAGACAUCAACGAGGCCUCCAAUAUUGUGGCACAUUAUUUAAUUAAUACUGGCAUCAAGAGAGGUGAUGUGGUAAUGAUUUAUUCCUCCCGUGGUGUUGAUCUAAUGGUAUGUGUGAUGGGUGUCUUGAAGGCUGGCGCUACGUUUUCCGUUAUUGAUCCCGCAUACCCACCAGCUAGACAAACAAUCUACUUGGGUGUAGCCAAACCUAAGGGGCUGAUUGUCAUCAGAGCCGCCGGUCAACUUGAUCAAUUGGUCGAAGAUUACAUAACCAAGGAGCUGGACUUAGUAUCCCGUAUCCCAUCGAUUGCUAUCCAAGAUAAUGGAACUGUAGAAGGUGGCUCACUACCAUCCGAAUCCGGUGAUGUAUUAGCCUCUUACACUGAAUUGAAAUCUACUCGUACAGGUGUUGUAGUUGGCCCAGAUUCCAACCCAACACUUUCCUUCACUUCUGGUUCAGAAGGUAUUCCAAAAGGUGUCCUAGGUAGACAUUUCUCUCUGGCAUACUACUUUAGCUGGAUGGCAAAACAGUUUAACUUGUCAGAAAAUGAUAAAUUUACAAUGUUGAGUGGUAUUGCACAUGAUCCUAUUCAAAGAGAUAUGUUCACACCUCUAUUCUUGGGCGCCCAACUCUACGUCCCAACUCAAGAUGACAUUGGUACUCCAGGAAGGCUUGCUGAAUGGAUGGGCAAAUAUGGCUGUACUGUUACACAUUUAACGCCGGCCAUGGGUCAAUUAUUGACAGCUCAGGCCGUUACUCCAUUCCCAAAAUUACAUCAUGCAUUCUUUGUCGGUGACAUCUUGACUAAGAGAGACUGCUUAAGACUGCAAACUCUAGCUGAAAACUGUUGUAUUGUGAAUAUGUAUGGUACCACAGAAACACAGAGGGCUGUUUCUUACUUUGAAGUUACAUCAAGAUCCCAAGAUCCUCAUUUCCUGAAGAAACUGAAGGAUGUCAUGCCUGCCGGAAGAGGUAUGAAGAAUGUUCAAUUGUUAGUUGUAAAUAGAAAUGACAGAACGCAAGUCUGUGGUGUUGGUGAAAUCGGUGAAAUCUACGUGCGUGCUGGUGGUUUGGCUGAAGGAUAUAGAGGUUUACCUGAUUUAAAUAAGGAAAAGUUCGUUAAUAACUGGUUUGUUGAAGAAGGCCAUUGGAAUUACUUAGAUAAAGACUUAGAGGCACCAUGGAAAGAAUUCUGGCAAGGCCCAAGAGACAGACUUUAUAGAACAGGUGACCUUGGCCGUUAUUUACCAAAUGGUGACUGUGAAUGCUGUGGUAGAGCUGAUGAUCAAGUUAAGAUCCGUGGUUUCAGAAUCGAACUUGGUGAAAUUGACACCAACAUAUCCCAACAUCCACUGGUUAGAGAAAAUAUCACUUUGGUUAGAAACAAUCUAGAAGGUGAAAAAUGUCUUGUAACUUACAUGGUUCCUAGAUUUGAUAAACCAGAACUAGAAAACUUCAAAAUUGAAGUACCUUCCAAUAUUUCAGAUGAUCCUGUUGUUUGUGGUUUAAUCGGGUACAGUCCUUUCACCAAGGAUUUAAAAGCAUUCUUGAAGAAACGUCUGGCUAGUUAUGCUAUUCCAUCAUUGAUUAUAGUACUACCAAAACUACCUUUGAACCCAAACGGUAAAGUGGAUAAGCCUAAACUACAAUUCCCAACUGUUAAACAACUUGAACUUGUUGCUAAAAAUUCCAGUAUUGAUAUCAAUGAUUCGGAGUUCAACCAACAAGAACGUGAAAUCCGUGAUCUUUGGUUGGAAUGCUUACCAACUAAGCCUACAUCAAUUAGCCCAGAGGACUCAUUCUUUGAUUUAGGUGGCCACUCCAUUUUGGCCACGAAAAUGAUCUUCACAGUGAAGAAGCAGCUAAAUGUCGAAUUACCCCUUGGCACGAUCUUUAAAUACCCAACAAUUAAAGCUUUUGCUGCCGAAGUCUCUAGAUUGAAGUCAACAGAUAAAAUUGAGGAGGAAACUACAGCUUUGACAGCUGACUAUGCUAGUGACGCUGCAUCUCUUAUCGACACACUUCCUAAAUCGUAUCCAGCAGCAAGAGCGUUAGGAUCUCCCUCUGAGAUGGCUGGACCAACCACCGUUAACAUAUUUGUAACUGGUGUAACUGGUUUCCUCGGCUCCUUCAUUCUUUCUGAUAUCCUAAAUCGUACAGUUACAGGUGUCAACUUCAAGAUAUUUGCACAUGUCCGGGCAGCGGAUGAAACAUCUGGGUUGGAUAGAAUCAGAAAAGCUGGUACUGUAUAUGGGACUUGGAAAGAAGAGUAUGCGAACUCACUACAAGUAGUGAUAGGUGAUUUAUCGAAGAAAAACUUUGGAUUGACUGAUGACAAGUGGAGCCACUUGUCAGAAACCAUUGAUAUCAUCAUUCACAAUGGUGCAUUGGUUCACUGGGUUUACCCCUACUCAAAACUGAGAAACGCCAACGUAGUUUCCACUAUCAAUAUCAUGAACUUGGCUAGUGAGGGCAAACCAAAAUUGUUUAACUUCGUAUCAUCAACUUCUGUUCUAGAUACUAACCAUUACUUCGAAUUAUCUGAUAAGCUACAGCAAUCUGGUAAGGAAGGUAUUCCUGAAAGUGAUGACUUAAUGGGUUCCUCAUUAGGUCUAACAAGCGGUUAUGGACAAUCUAAAUGGGCUGCUGAGCACAUUAUUAGAGCUGCAGGUAAAAGAGGUUUAAGAGGUUCCAUUAUUAGGCCUGGCUAUGUUACCGGUGCCUCUUAUAAUGGUUCUAGUAAUACUGAUGACUUCUUGCUGAGAUUUUUGAAAAGUGCUGUUCAAUUGGGAAAAAUACCAGAUAUCAACAACACUGUUAAUAUGGUUCCUGUCGAUCAAGUUGCAAGAGUAGUUGUAGCAGCAUCAAUAAACCCUCCCUGCGGUGACGAUCUCUGUGUAGUACACGUUAAUGCUCAUCCAAGGAUAAUAUUUAAGGAUUAUUUGUAUGAAUUAAAGAACUAUGGUUAUGACGUUGAGAUUGAAAAUUACGAGCAAUGGAAAAAGACACUUGAGGAAGCUGUCAUUGAACGGAGCGAAGAUAAUGCCCUCUUCCCAUUACUACAUAUGGUCUUGGGUGACUUAGAGGACUCAACAAAGGCUCCAGAGCUUGAUGAUAAAAAUGCUAUUACGUCACUUAGAGCUGAUAUUGAGUGGACCAACGAAGAUAGAACGAAAGGAAUGGGUGCUACUCCAGAACAAAUUGGUAUUUAUAUCUCAUUCCUAGAAUCUGUCGGCUUUUUGCCACAUCCUAAGCAUUUCGGUGACAAGGCACUACCAAACAUCAAAAUAUCUGAGCAACAAAAAGAAUUAGUUGCUUCAGGUGCUGGCGCUCGUUCAAGUUCCGCUGCUUAG